AUGGACCCAGACGCCCAGCCAGUAACCACCAUUGCGCCAGACUCAGGUGUCCCGGCAGAGGAUGCACCUGCUGAAAACACACCUCCCUCAGUAAUCAGUUCCCCCAGUCCUGACAACCAAGAAGGUGGUGCCUCAGGUACCACAGCUGGCACCAGUGCUUCCGUUGAUGUGAUUGUUGAUUCGUCUGAUCUUUCCAACAUCCUUAAAACAAAGCCCAUAGUGGAGUGUGUUGGGAAGGAGGAGAUCGAAGAGAGCAAAGCUUUCAAGACUGUAGUCACUACAAGUGACUGUGAGGAAACUAAAAAAAUUCUUGAAGAGAGCAGCAUAUACUGUUCGACCGAAGACUGCCAUGUGAAAGUCUUCCAGGAGGGACAAAACAUGCAGAUGGUCUCGAAAGAUGCUAAACCAAAUGUCGUGCUUGAAGCCCUCAAAGGGGAAUUGAAAGACAAGUUGGGAGUAACAAAAGUGGAGGAACCAUCGUCUUCAUCAUCGGGCCGCUCUGUCUUUGUGGGCGUCCUGAUUACCGGUCUGCUGGUUGCGGCUGCCAUUGUUGCUGCGUACUGCAAAUGCCAGCGCCGACCUGACAGCAAAGGAGUGAAAUUAGCAGAGGAGGCUUAUCCAGUGGAUCAGCAGAACCAGGGAAACACCCUUGUGUCCGUAGCUCCACUUAUCCCCCCGACAGAAACCCAAGAGAAACCCAAUGUGAACGGGGAAUCUCCUGAAGCUGCCAAGACCGAGUCUCCUCCCACUAAUGGCCACUCCGCCACUAAGACUGCAGACACCGAGCUGUGA